AAAACCGUCUCUUUCAAGAGAGGAGAGUGUGAAAUGAGAUCAGGACACUCGCUGAACCGGGUGUGUGUGAGUGAGAGAGAGAGCAAGAGAGAUGAAACCGUCAAAUCCUCGUCGUUCACCUUUAAAAUACAUCACCGCAGUGCUUGCGUGUUGGAGCUUGGCUGGCGCGCGCAUCGGAAGGGCUCGCUGCACCAUUGCACCUGUUCUCGAGGUUGCAAAUCACAGGAAGUCGCUGUGCAAAAACGGCGUAUUAGUCGAGCUUACGGUUUAGGCUGAAAAACGUCAGUUCGACAAGAAUUACCCGAGAGCGGAAAAGACCAGACAGCUGUCAGACAUCGCUUUGUUGUCGGAAUACAGUGGAGGAUGCAGCCGUGGUCUCUAAGGGCACAGAUCUUGUGGUCGGCUGUGAACGGAGAGUCACGAGGCGUACCUGACUCAGAAUAAAUCAGACUGGGAAUCCAAUUUCAGUCAGUCCACAUACAAUCAUAGUCAUUCUGCUGGAUGCUUCCUCUAACAUUAAUGAUGAGAGUAAUCCUGUAUGUUAGACCUUAAGAUGUUUACCGAGAGAUUGAAAUCAUCUCUGGAGCCUGUGCGGCUGUUAUUUUAUUCCAAGGCAGAAGGUUGCGCUCAACCCUUCUGAAUAUUUUAGUGAAUGAGGAACCUAUUGAACCGAGCUCUUCUGGCAGCACUGGAGAAUUUCAGUGUUCAUGGCUAGAACAGAAACAUUUAUGUUGGUCACUUGAGUUCCCCAAAAACUCCUUAUUCACACAGAUGCAGUAUUUUGGUGGGGAGGUGUAACAAAAGGGACAAGGGCAACUGAAAAGUGAGAGCUUCCCACAACUUCAAAUCAUGCAAUCAGACGAUCUUUUCAUCCGCAAGUUCCGCAGGCAGAGCCCACGCCCGACCCUAGCGAGAGUGAACUUUGACCCCAAGCAGGAUGGUGGUAGCAUGCGGACACGAGUUGUGGCAGAAUGGCCUCCUAGGAGAGAGGGAGAGGGAACAAACAGCGAGACUGUCACACCCAGCGCAGCUGCACUGAACCUGAGAACGGUAGGUCGUGGACACAUAAUGCAGCGCAGCAACAGUGAUGUCACCCUUGGAGAUUUGGAUUCAGUGGGGCAAGUAGGGAGGAAGUUGCUCCGAGUAGGGGUGGACAAAUCUGGGACUGUGGGGCCGGGCGAUUCCCUCCACCGAGAGUACGGAAGCCUGUCCUCGCUAGAAAGACAAACCCAGAUUGUAGAUCCCAGUUCGGAAGAUCAAGUUGUUCUCAGUCCCAGUGCCUUGCGCUUCAGAGAUCCGUUUGUUCUUCUGGGUCUGCAAGAGGCACCUCCUGAAGUGGACGGAGAGUAUCAAGGAAACUGUGCUCCAGCAGCAGACACGUCAAAACCGGUCAAGCCCCCCAAACCAGAGGGGCUCGGUAAGAAGGCCAAAUCGUCCCCUCUGCAGGCCCCUCAGUUUUCCUGUGACCAAGUCCCAGGUGGUGCUUGGGUGCGCAAUUUUGCACACUAUGACGUACAGAGCAUUCUCUUCGACCUGUCGGAGGCUGCAACCAAUCGGGACAGCAUUGGACGCAAGAAGAACAUCACGUCCGGUGCGUCAGCUGCCUCUCAACUCCGUCCACUUUCACAAUCCACGCCUUCCUCAGUUUCUCAGGGUGGAGGGGGCGGCUCAGGAAACGGGACUGGCUCGGAAGAUGUAGAGCAGUCCUUGCUGGAUGAAGGAGAUGGGAACGAUAAUGAUCUCCUGCUCAGCUGUCCUCACUUUCGGAAUGAGAUGGGUGGCGAGGAGAGCGUGGGGCUCAGCCUGCCGCGGGCCGGCAGGCACAGGUGGAGGAGUUUUCAAAGUCCCAACAAUGCUGUGUCCAUGUUAGAGGAGCCCAGGGAGAGCCAUGUCCAGGCACAGGGUAAAAGUAACUACUUCAUAGAGCAUGCAGACCUUGGGGCUCGAUACUAUCACAAGUACUUUUACAUGAAAGACCAUCAGAAUUUCUUUGGCAUGGACGAGCGUUUGGGGCCGGUGGCCGUCAGUUUCCGCAGGGAGGAAAAAGAGGGAUCAAGUGGGUCCCAGUACAACUACAGAAUCAUUUUCAGGACCACUGAACUGAAGACCCUGAGAGGUUCGAUCCUGGAGGAGUCGGUUCCCUCCGCAGCGCGCCACACCACACCACGCGGCCUUUCGCCCAAGAGACUGCUGGAGUUUAUUCUGCCCAAUCUCAACCUACAUUGCCUCAGACUAGCCUCCACAUCCCCUAAAGUCAGAGACACGCUCCUCAAACUGGACGAGCAGGGGUUGAAUUUCCAGCAUAAGGUGGGCAUUAUGUACUGCAGAGCAGGACAGAGUACUGAAGAGGACAUGUAUAACAAUGAGAGCGCCGGGCCAGAGUUCGAUGAGUUUCUGGACCUUCUUGGAGAGCGAGUACGACUCAAGGGCUGGGAGAAAUACAGAGCUCAACUAGACACCAAAACUGACUCCACUGGUACACACUCACUGUAUACUCGCUAUCAGGAUUACGAGAUUAUGUUCCAUGUCUCCACCAUGCUUCCAUACACAUCCAACAAUACACAACAGUUGCUGAGGAAGAGGCACAUAGGGAAUGACAUCAUCACUAUAGUCUUCCAGGAGCCAGGUGCUUUACCCUUCACCCCCAAAGCCAUCCGUUCUCACUUUCAGCAUGUGUUCAUCAUUGUCCAAGUACAUGAGCCCUGCACCGAAAACACCUAUUACAGAGUUGCAGUAACUCGUUCCAAGGACAUCCCUCUCUUCGGUCCUCUCUUCCCUAAAGGUGCACGCUUCCCACGUUCUCCUGCCUUCCGUGACUUUCUCCUCGCCAAAGCCAUUAACGCAGAGAACGCGGCGGAGAAAUCAGAGAAAUUUCGCUCUAUGGCCACACGUACGCGGCAGGAGUACCUAAAAGACCUGGCGGAAAACUACGUCACCACAACGCCCAUUGAUUCUUCCACCAAAUUCCCCCUGCUGUCGCUGGGCGGGAAGCGCAAAGAGAAGCUGAAGGGAGCGAAAGGUGCAGAGCUUCACAGCGCAGGUGCUUUAGUGUGGGCCGUUACCGUCGUUCAGGGUGGCGAGAACAACGGUCUGAGCCUGUCCUGUCUGCUCGGCGUAUCGGCGGAGUCGGUCGUGCUCAUAGAGCGAUUCACGCGAACCGUCAUAUUCAACUGCAGCUGCCGCGAUGUGAUCGGCUGGAAGGCUGUGACUGAGCCUGGAGCUCCGGGUGGCCCUUCCCUGGAUAUCUUCUACGAGAGAGGCGAGGCGGUGACUGUCAUGACGUCGGAAAGCCAAGUUGAGGAUAUUAAAGAGGUUAUCCAAAGGCUGGAGCUGGUGACGCGAGGCUGUGAGGCGCGUGAGGUCAUUCCCCUGCGGGACGGUGUCGGCCAGCCGGGCUUCCUGAUGAGCGAGGAAGGCUUUGUAACGGAGCUCCAGCGGUUCGGAUACGCGGAGAGUGGCGGCCUGCAGCUGGGGGCUCGUGUGGUUCGUCUCUGUGGAUUCCCAGACGAGAACGGAAAACCACGCAGGAGUUUCUCUGAGCUCUACCAGAAGGCCAUCCAGGACGCGGAGAGCAAAUCCGGAGAGGGACGGUCAGGCGAGGCCUGGGUUCUGGAUGACGAUGAAGAAGUUGAGGUUGAUGGCGGCGGAGGAGAGAAAGAGGAGAAGAAAGAGAUUGAAAAUAAGACGUCAGACAGUGAAACUCUAAAGCAGGAGCUUCUUGGAGAGCAGAUGGGAUUUCCGGAGCCCAUGGAAACAGAUUCGCUCCUCUCUCCACCCAGCCUGCCUCUCUUACGGGCGACUUCCCUGCAGGACAGCAUGAAGAACCAGAGCCCUGAAGUCACCCCCGUCUCUCUCACACGGAGCUACUCGCUAGAAGGACACGCUCCGUACCAGGACAUCAUUGAAGGGCAUGUAUAUGAUAACGUGGGGCUGAAAGCAAACAGACACAUCUAUGAAAACCCUGGAGAGCUUUGGGACGAGACCCCUGACCUCAUUCUGGCAGUCAAACCCAAAGUGCCUCUGGAGCAAGAGGAACAGUUUGUGUGUGAUCAGGGGCCUGAAGAGAGGCCGUCGGUCAGUGAUGUGACCAUGAGAUCCUCCUGCAUGGAAAGUGCAGAAAGAAACUCCAGAGCUCUGAGCCUCCAUAACUCCAUCACUAAGAUUCUCUCAGAGACAGCAGAUUCGUCUGAAGAAGAGUGGCAGUCGAUUUCUGAUCUGGCCAACGCCUGCCGGAACAUUCUGGAAGCUUUGUCUCGAGAAGACCGGAAGCCAGGAGAUGAAUCACAAGCAUCCCCAGAAAACCAGUCAGGUCAGACAGAAACCAGGUUUAAAGACAUCAAGGACAGUGACUCGCCUGGUCACCUUGAGGAGAAAGUGUCCCAGUUAGAGGCCAUGCUGAAGCGACUGCAGGAUGACCUCCAAAAGUCCUUGCCCUCUUCGCUACUUCAAAGAGCCACUGCUACUUCACAGAGCCAAUCACACAGAGGGACUGUAGAGGUAGGGCGGGACAAGCAAAAGAAACCUGUCUUGUCAUUGAGCAGGGUGAACAGAGGAGAUGAGAAGAUUGCUGGAGGGACAAUGGGCAGCCAUGCUCACUCUCAACACUAACCCACCAAUGGCAGUUAAGGAGAAAGAGGACAAGGCAAUGCUGCAAGCAGAGGUGCAAAAUCUCAGGCAGAACAACCAGCGGUUGCAGGAGGAGUCCC